UGUGGAGCGUUUCGUAGAGCAGCCCGAGGUGCACACGGGGCGUCUGCUGGUGGGAACUUCUGUGGCUCUGUUCUUUAACCUCUUGACUCUACUCUCCGUCAAGAACAAGCCCUUCGUCUUCGUGUCUGAAGCCGCGAGCACCAGCUGGCUUCAGGAGCACGUGGCCGAUCUGAGCCGGAGUCUGUGUGGACUCAUCCCGGCGCUCCGCAGCCUUCUCCUGCCCAGAAUGAACCCGUUUGUGCUGAUCAACCUCGCUGGAGCUUGUGCUCUGGGCAUCACGUACAUGCUCAUCGAAAUCAAGUGAGGAGACCGCACUGUCUUAUACAUGACGUCACAAAUGCUUCACAAACAACACUUCUAUUGCUGUAACUGUA